AGCAGGGAGGGGCCCCUGAGGAGGGGCCAUGGAGAAGCGGGAGAGUCCGGGAGCUGCUGGCGGCCCUCGGAGGGAAUUCUUUAGAGGGGAAGCCAGAGGAGCCGCGGGAGGGAUCGGAGGAACAGUAAUGAACACCACGCUCCCCUCUGGAGGAGUCCUGUUUCAAGGCUCAGGACCCACCUUGCACUCCAGGGAUACCAUAAUUUACAGUCCUAGUUCAAGCCGGACUUCCCAAGGAGCAAUGACCCUUGGUUCUAGGCCCAGUCAGCACCCUAGGGAAUUUGCAGGCUACAACCUUGGAUACAGCACAUCCCCUGGUGGAUUCAACCCCUCUCACCCUGGGACCAGUCUAACCGCCGCGUCCACCAGCCUUGGGCCCAAGGAGCCUAGGGCACACGGUUCGUGGGUCACUCCGGGCUCCGAGUCAACUUUCCUGCAUCCCUACAACUCCAGUGAGGACCAGCCCCGGAGCAUCUUGAAACACAACCACAGCACCUUACAGGAGAAAUCCCCCAGUGAGGAGAAGAAAAAGUCUCAACACUGGGAUGAGAUGAAUAUCCUGGCCACUCACCACCCUGCUGAUAAGGACUAUGGUUUUAUGAAAGUGGACGAGCCUGCCACCCCCUUCCACAGACUGCAGGACAGUGAUGAGGACCUUUCUGCUGGGUCCUCCCUCAAGGUGACCCCUGAAGUGCUGGCAGAGAGGUUUGCAACCAUGGACAAUUUCCUCCCCAAGGUCCUCCAGAACGGUGAUAACAGAAGCUCAAAAGCUGCAGACAACUUUUCCAAGACACGUGAGAUGCAGGACUCCAGUGAUUUUUACAAGCAACGUAAGAGACACUACAAUGAAGGAAAAUUCCUCAGGACUCAGAAAAACACACCUGAAUAUGAUGACAAGGGCAGCUACUGGGGCCGUGCCGGCAUCAGCAGUGGUGGUCAAGGUGUGAUGGUGGACCCAAAGCCCAGUCCUGUGGAAAGAGGCUGGCCAGGGUUACCAAUGGGAGCCACCAAACAGGAGACUUCCCCAGUGACUGCGGAUGAUGUAGAAGCCACAGAUUCCACUCCCGGCAGAAACCAGUUCCACCCAGUACCAGCCCCGAUCCUGAUGAUGAAGGAGAUCGAUCAGCAACGCAAGGAAUAUUACAACAAGGGAAUAUACCUGAGGUCCUGCUGCAACCCAGAACUUGAAGAGGACACAGAGGAUGAGCAGCAGAACAAUGCUACCGUAUCCCCCAGUGACGGUAGAUCUCAGGUGGUAUCCAACUGCCGUCAAUGGCUGGAGGCCAAAAAGCCGAGCUACAAAACCCCAGGGAACUCAGAGAGGGGACAUGGAAGCAGCCAGAACCCACCAAGCUGGAACAGGCACUGAUGUGACCCUGGGCAGAGAUGAAACUCCAAGCUCCAGUGGACUCAGGAAGAGGAAACUAGACCACGGAAAACCUAAGCAGCUGGGGGUGGGGUAAAGGCGACUUUCCCUGCCCUUAAACCUAGGGGUAGACAAUAAAGAUAAGAAAGCAGGAA